UCCAGGUUCAAGGAUGGAGGUGCAGUUAGGGCUGGGGAGGGUCUAUCCCCGGCCGCCGUCCAAGACCUAUCGAGGAGCUUUCCAGAACCUGUUCCAGAGCGUGCGCGAAGUGAUCCAGAGCCCGGGUCCCCGGCACCCUGAGGCCGCGAGCGCAGCACCUCCCGGCGCCCGUUUGCAGCAGCAGCAGCAACAACAGCAGCAGGAGACCAGCCCCCGCCAGCAGCAGCAAGGUGAGGAUGGAUCUCCCCAAACCCAGAGCAGAGGACCUACAGGCUACCUGGCCCUUGACGAGGAGCAGCAGCCUUCACAACAGCAGUCAGGCCCAGAGGGCCACCCCGAGAGCGGCUGCAUCCCAGAGCCAGGAGCCGCCGCGGCCGCCGGCAAGGGGCUGCCGCAGCAGCCGCCAGCACCUCCGGAGGAGGAUGACUCAGCUGCCCCAUCCACGUUGUCCCUGCUGGGCCCCACUUUCCCGGGAUUAAGCAGCUGCUCCACCGACCUUAAAGACAUCCUGAGCGAGACCGGCAUCAUGCAACUCCUUCAGCAGCAGCAGGAGGCGACAUCUGAAGGCAGUAGCAGCAGCAGCAGUGGAAGAGCGAGGGAGGCCGCUGGGGCUCCCAUCUCCUCCAAGGACAGUUAUUUAGGGGGCACUUCGACCAUCUCAGAUAGCGCCAAGGAGUUGUGUAAGGCGGUGUCGGUGUCCAUGGGCUUGGGUGUGGAGGCGUUGGAGCAUCUGAGUCCUGGGGAACAGCUUCGGGGGGGUUGCAUGUACGCCCCACUUCUGGGAGGCCCACCCGCUGUACGUCCCACUCCUUGCGCCCCGCUGGCUGAAUGCAAAGGUUCUUUGCUGGACGAAGGCCCAGGCAAAGACACUGAAGAGUCUGCGGACUAUUCCCCUUUCAAAGGAGGUUACGCUAAAGGGCCGGAUGGCGAGACCCUGGGCUGUUCAGGCAGCGGCGAGGCUGGGGGCUCCGGGACUCUUGAGCUGCCGUCCACCCUGUCUCUCUACAAGUCUGGAGCACUGGACGAGGCAACAGCUUACCAGAGUCGCGACUACUACAACUUUCCACUGGCCCUGGCUGGGCCUCCUCCCCCUCCGCCGCCUCCCCAUCCCCAUACCCGCAUCAAGCUGGAGAACCCGCUGGACUACGGCAGCGCCUGGGCAGCCGCGGCGGCACAAUGCCGCUAUGGGGACCUGGCGAGUCCGCACGGCGGUGGUGCAGCGGGACCAGGUUCUGGUUCGCCUUCAGCCGCCGCCUCCUCUUCCUGGCACACUCUUUUUACAGCCGAAGAAAGCCAGUUGUAUGGGCCCUGUGGCGGUGGUAGUGGCGGCAACGCAGGCGGUGAGGCGGGAGCUGUAGCUCCCUAUGGCUACACUCGGCCACCUCAGGGGCUGGCGGGCCAGGAAGGCGACUUUGCCCCACCCGAUGUGUGGUACCCCGGCGGCGUGGUGAGCAGAGUACCCUACCCCAGCCCCAGUUGUGUCAAAAGCGAGAUGGGCCCCUGGAUGGAGAGCUACUCUGGACCUUACGGGGACAUGCGUUUAGAGACUGCCAGGGACCAUGUCCUGCCCAUCGACUAUUAUUUUCCACCCCAGAAGACCUGCUUGAUUUGUGGGGAUGAAGCUUCUGGAUGUCACUAUGGAGCUCUCACUUGUGGAAGCUGCAAAGUCUUCUUUAAAAGAGCUGCUGAAGGGAAACAGAAGUAUCUAUGUGCCAGCAGAAAUGAUUGCACCAUUGAUAAAUUCCGAAGGAAAAAUUGUCCAUCUUGUCGCCUCCGGAAAUGCUAUGAAGCAGGGAUGACUCUGGGAGCCCGGAAGCUGAAGAAACUUGGUAACCUGAAACUACAGGAGGAAGGGGAGGCUUCCAGUGCCACAAGCCCCACUGAGGAGCCAACCCAGAAGCUGACGGUGCCACACAUUGAAGGCUAUGAGUGUCAGCCCAUCUUUCUGAAUGUCCUGGAAGCCAUUGAGCCAGGUGUGGUGUGUGCUGGACAUGACAACAACCAGCCUGACUCCUUUGCAGCCCUGCUUUCUAGCCUCAAUGAACUGGGAGAGAGGCACCUUGUGCAUGUGGUCAAGUGGGCCAAGGCCUUACCUGGCUUCCGCAAUUUGCACGUGGAUGAUCAGAUGGCAGUCAUUCAGUAUUCCUGGAUGGGGCUCAUGGUGUUUGCCAUGGGCUGGCGGUCCUUCACCAAUGUCAACUCCCGGGUGCUCUACUUUGCCCCAGACCUGGUUUUUAAUGAGUACCGCAUGCAUAAGUCCCGGAUGUACAGCCAGUGUGUAAGAAUGAGGCACCUCUCCCAAGAAUUUGGAUGGCUUCAAAUCACCCCGCAGGAAUUCCUGUGCAUGAAAGCACUACUGCUCUUCAGCAUUAUUCCAGUGGACGGACUGAAAAGUCAAAAAUUCUUUGAUGAGCUUCGAAUGAACUACAUCAAGGAACUCGAUCGUAUCAUUGCAUGCAAGAGAAAAAAUCCCACAUCCUGCUCAAGGCGCUUCUACCAGCUCACCAAGUUCCUGGAUUCUGUGCAGCCUAUUGCACGAGAGCUGCAUCAAUUUACAUUUGAUCUGCUAAUCAAGUCCCACAUGGUGAGCGUUGACUUUCCAGAAAUGAUGGCAGAGAUCAUCUCUGUGCAAGUGCCCAAGAUCCUUUCUGGGAAGGUCAAACCCAUCUAUUUCCACACACAGUGAAGUUUUAGAAGCCCCCAUUUCCAAACCCACCCCUUUCCCCUUUUCAGAUAUCUUUUGCUGUUUUAACUCUGCACUACUUCUCUGCAGUGCCUUGGGAGAUUUUCUCUAUUGAUGUACUAUCUGUCAUGAAGAUGUUCUUGUGUUCUGCUUGCUGGGCUUUUCCCCCCCUUUCCUACAUUUUUUCCCUCUUUUUCACUAUCUGACCCUCCCAUGGCACCUUCAGGCUCCUCUCCCUGCCAUGGUUCCCAUCUGUGUUUUGAAUGGUGUUGUAUUUCUUUAAAUCUGUGAUGAUCCUCAUGUGGCCCAGUGUCAAGUUGUGCUUGUAUACAGCACUGCACUCUGCCAGCCACACAAACGUUUACUCAUCUAAUUCCAUGGGAAGUUUAGAGAGUUAAUGGUAUUUCAGGAAAAAAAUAAUGCAAACCUUGCCAGGGUUUUUUCCUCUUAAAAAAUAUAAAAACUAAUGAAUAAACAGAAAUCCUCAAAGAGGCCAACAGUGCUAGAGGAAGGUGAAAAUGUAGGUCCACGGGGAGUCACUGCUUUUACAUCACCCUUCCCUCCCUGGGAGACUUUCCUUCCUGCCAUGGCUAAUGCCAUUAGAGGGCAAGGUGACCACAAAGCUGAGUUGGGAGGGGACAGACAGAGGAGAGGACACAGAGGGCAGAUGGAUCCCUAGUACCUGCCCCAAACCUUGGUUCCUGAGGGCUAGACUGCUCCACUACAGUUCAGUUCAUUAUACUGAAAAACUGCUUCUUGUUUUAAAGUUGUCUGCAUGUAAACACCUCCCCCCACCCCAAACCUUUUCUCACUCACCCUCUGCUUCCACCAUUAAAUUGACUUUCAAUAGUUUCUAAAAGCUUUGGACUGAAUAUUCUUUUUAACCAAAACUUGGCCACUUUCCCUGAAGAGUAAGACCAGUGAGAAGGAGGAGAGGAGAGAUUUGACUUUUUCGAAGGCCCCAUUCAGAUACAGGUCUGCUUUCCCAUGUGUGAGCCGGGGAGGAGCUUGGGACUGGAGUCAGAAGAGAAAGAAGUAGUGGCUUGGCUGUUCUCCUGCUUAGGACACUAUAGAUUUGAUCCCUCAUUGCCACUAUCUUUGCUCCCACCUUUAAAAGACCCAAAUGAAGUUUUCUACCUGACUUCAUGCAGCCACAAGCUACUCCCAUCUUCCCUUUAUGGGCUUGAACUUCACCAGACUCCAUUUCAGCCAUGGUGAUGAAAGUUGUUUACUUAUUUGGGUAUGUUCACAGACUCUGCUAAGAGCCCCUACCACCAAGAAGGUUAGCAGACCAACAGCAUUAACAUCUAUCUGAAGAUGCCAUUUGGCUCAAAGAUUUCUCACCAAAAGUCUCUCAUGAACUGUCAGAUUGCUGGAGCCCUUGGACAAACUGGAACAAGGGAUCAAAGGGAUUGGACAACCUGGCGUCUUGCCCUUGUCCCCCAGAAAUGAUACCCUCCCACCAAAUGGAGAAAUACCCACUUUCUCCUUCAGAGCAGCUAAAGGGGCUACCCAUACCACCAGACCGUGGUUGAAGAGAAAACUCAAUUACUAGGGUGGGAAGAAUACUGGCACUAGAACCACCCAGCGCAUCUACCUGCAGAAGUCAUGUGAAGAAGGGAGAAGUAACUAAGAGGAGACGCUGAAUACUGAGUUAAAGUCUCCAGAGGCAAAGUCUAAAGCCAAAUGGGCACCAUCUGGUGAGCUUACUCUUCAUCCCUUUCUGCUGCUGAGUCUGGGUUCUGACAUUGGCCAUAGUCAUUCAGACUCCCUGCCAUUGUUGCUGCCUCUUAGUCAGAUGGAGGCUGAAACAUUGAGACUUUCUAUGGUACCAUGGCCUCUUUUGAAAAGAUCUGGUUGAUGUGGCUCGAGUGGGCUGCCACCCAUGUACUCAGCACUGUGCUCCUAGGACACUUUAAUAUAGUACUUUGGCACACCUCUAUUCUGUUGAUUUGUCCCCUAAGUCGAAGGGUAGGGAGAAUGUCCACUUACUUUCUCAUCUUAGCACUUAACUUCAACUUCUAAAUUCAAGAAAUCAAGGGUCAGUCACCAAGCUGCCCAUUUCGGUUGGUUCACUCUACUUGUUGAGAAGAUAGUCUCUGAGUGAUAUGAUCCACAUGGAUUUCCUCCCCUGAUUUCUGUGUGGAUAUUAAUAGGCAAAUGAACUUGUGAAAUAGCUUCUUUAAAUAACAAGGGAGAGGGGAACUUAAGAUGGCUGAUGUGCCAAUCCAAGACUGCUGGACAAAACUAAAGCUGACAGGUUCCCUUUCCAGAGUAGGAUAAAUUCCACUUUUCUUUGCUAUGACACCAUCUGGCUUGUGUAAGCUCACAGGAUAACUUUUAACUGUUUUUAAAAGAAAAAAAUCCACCACUCUUUUCAGUUAAACUAGGUUACAUUUUAAUAGUUCCUUUACAUCUGUUUUGAAACGAUUUUCAUCUUUUGUGGUACAUGGAUUCAAUUAUAUCAUUCUAAUACCUCUCCUUGUAAAUACUAGAGACACUCCUUUCUGUAUUUCUGGCUAUCAAAUUUUUCAUCUUUAUAGAUUUCCCAAUAGUAACUCUUGUCUUUAUGAAUAUAUAUGCUUUUCAUUUGCAAAAGCCAAAAAUCAGUGAAACAACAGUGUAAUUAAAAGCAGCACCAUCUGGAUUACUCUGAAUUUCCAAAUGGCAAAACCAGUGAAAAACAGCCUAAACCAGGCUUUAGGCCUACUGUUUCUGCACUGGCAUUUCAGUGAGUAAAGGAAGUUUUAGCUUGGCUUUUUUCU